CGAGAGUGCGCCAAGUGUCGGAAAAUAUUACAUCGCUUCAAGAAAAUUCCACACCAGAUAACAUCUCACAAAAAAGGAUACUUUCUGAAGCAAAAUGUCGCGAUCAUCGAUUAUGAUACGCCGCGGGUUCUGCAGUUAAAAACAUUGACAUAAUGCCUUUGAAAAUGUCAAUCAGUCGCUGAAAUUGGGCUAUAAAUUGGCGCUCCGCUGGCGUGUGAUAUUGGAAAGUAACUUUUUCGCAUACUUAUUUGCCGAUUGCAGGCAGUGACAAAAAAACGAAGUUGCAUUGCACCGAGGUUUUUGUGCAUAUUUGCGCGUUUUAAUUGCCACAACCACGAAAGCAGCAGCAUUGACACCGGCGGCGGAGGCGACGACGACUGCAGCAGCAACUUCUGGCCGUCACCAUGGAGAAUCUUGGCUAUAAGGAGGGCAGCACCAAGCCCCGCCGCAUGACACGUUCGAUCAGCGUCGUUACCAAGACCGAAGUGGAACAGCCGCUCACGGAGAAUAAUGCAAAUAACCGCUUCAAAUCGAUUCCACCCAACUUGAUGGUGCGAUGGCGGAACAACACUGACGCCAUGAUCGAAGCCCAGUACCCGACCGCUGGAGAAUUCGAAUACAUGGAGUGUGGACCGUCGCCGCCGGCGGAGAGUGCGCCGAGCAUGUACGACAGCUUCGAGGAGCCGACCAGCGAGCUGAGCGUCCAGAUAUGCAACGAUACGCUGCGGAUAAGCCUGAUCGACCAGAUGAAGAGCGCAGCGGGGCGCGUCAAGCUCUUCGAGGACAUCGAGCAGAGCAACGUGGUGGCCGAGGGCAUACGGACGCACUUUGAGUCCGCCUCAAAGCUGGAGAAGAAUCUCUGCUACCUGUGGGCCGCGUACCUCAAGCGCUGGGAUCUGAUCGAGAGUCUGCUGGAGGCGGGAGCCGACCUGCACUUCUGCGAUCAGAACGGAAUAUCAGCCUUGCACCUUAGCGCCUUCAGUGGCUGCUUGGCCACCUUGGGCCUUCUGGUCGCCAAGGGUUUGAAUGUCAAUCUGCAGUCCAAGUGCUACACCCCUCUGCACUGCGCAGCCUUUGGAAAUGCUGCGGAGGCAGCAAAGCUACUGAUCAACAAUGGGGCGGACAUAUCCAAGGACACCAGCAAGCCAAACUGCGAGGAGAGCCUGCUGCACUGCGCCGUGCGUUCCAAUGCCCUGGAGUGUCUGCAGAUCUUCAUUGCCGAAGGCGCCGACGUCAACUCGCUCAAACCGAAUGGCACCAAUGCCAUUCACCUGGCAGCUGAUCUGGGCAAUAUUCAGUGUCUGGAAGCCUUACUGAAUGCUCCCAAUGCAGAUGCCAAUGUGCGUAUCUGCAUCCGCGAAAAGGAGUCCACAGCCUUGCAUCUGGCAGCAGAUGAGGGCAACGUGGAGUGUGUGGACUUACUCCUGGCCAAAGGUGCUGAUGCGAAGUUGAAGAACCAUCGCGGUUUCACACCGCUCCACCUGGCAGCUAGAACUUCCAGUCUGGACUGCGUAGAAUCGUUGCUGAGGAAUGGCAAUGCCGACGCCAAUGCCGAGGACUUCGAUCACCGUACUCCGCUUCACGCGGCGGUGGGAAAAUCGGAGAACGCCUAUGACAUCAUGGAAACGCUCAUCCAGUGGGGUGCCAAUGUCAAUCAUAAGGACAUUUACGGGUUUACAGCUCUUCACCUGGCUGCGUUGGAUGGGCUGGUGCAGUGCGUCGAGAUGCUGAUAUUCCACGGAGCGGAUGUGACCACCAAAUCGAAGAAAGGUACCUCCGCGUUGAACGUUAUCACCCGGAAGACCCCGGCUUCAGUGGCCAUGAUCAGACAGAAACUGGACGCAGCUAUUACGCUGCACCACUCGCAGGACCCCGUGAACCGUGAGGUGGAAUUGGAGCUGGACUUCCGUCAGCUGCUACAGCACUGUCAUCCGCGCGAGAUCAGCUACCUAAACACGUUCGUCGACGAGGGUCAGAAGGAGAUACUGGAGCACCCGCUCUGCUCCUCGUUUCUGUACAUCAAGUGGGGCAAGAUCCGCAAGUACUACAUUGGCAGGCUCAUCUUCUGCUUCAGCUUCGUGCUUUUCCUCACGCUUUACGUGCUGACUGCUUUGGCCCACAACUGCUACAAUGGGAGCAAGAACGACAACACGACCAUUCCAGCGCAGGAGUUGUGCCAGAAGCAAUCCAUCCUGGGAGAUAUGCUCAGAAACAACCCCUUUGUGAUGGAGAUGCAAUGGUGGGUUCUGGUUGCCAUCACCAUAGUGGAGAUUUUUCGAAAGCUAUAUGGCAUUACGGGCUACUCCUCAUUUCGGCACUACGUAACGCAAGUGGAGAACAUAAUGGAGUGGUUCGUGAUAACCAGCGUGUUUGUUAUAUCCUACAUCUACACCAACAAGACGUACACGUUUCAAAACCACAUAGGCGCCUUCGCCGUGCUGCUCGGUUGGACAAAUCUCAUGUUGAUGAUAGGUCAGCUGCCGGUCUUCGAUGUCUAUGUGGCCAUGUACACGAGAGUCCAGGGGGAAUUCGCAAAGCUAUUUAUGGCCUAUUCCUGCAUGCUGAUUGGUUUUACCAUCAGUUUCUGUGUUAUCUUCCCAUCGUCGUCGUCGUUUGCCAAUCCGUUUAUGGGCUUCAUAACAGUGCUGGUGAUGAUGAUUGGUGAACAGGAUUUAUCGCUGCUCAUCAACGAUCCCGAAGGCAAGGAUCCACCUUUCCUGCUAGAAGUCAGCGCACAAAUCACUUUUGUUCUGUUCCUGCUGUUCGUGACCAUCAUUCUGAUGAACCUGCUCGUGGGCAUUGCAGUGCAUGAUAUCCAAGGAUUGAAGAAGACGGCGGGGUUGUCUAAGCUCGUGCGUCAAACGAAGCUGAUAAGCUACAUAGAGUCGGCGCUAUUCAACGGCUACCUUCCGACAUGGCUGCGCAACUUGCUCCAUUACACCGCGCUGGUCUCUCCCCAAGCUUAUAGAGUGGUUCUGUGCGUCAAGCCACUGAAUCCCAGCGAGAAACGCUUGCCCCGGGAAAUCCUAAUGAAGGCUUAUGAAGUAGGAAAAAUGCGCAAGCAUUUCGGUCAUACUAUCUCGUCAAAGAACUCAGCCGAAAACUAUUUGUCGUACAAGAACAAGUAUAACAACAAUAAUGGCGCCACGACCGGAUAUGUACUACCCGAUUCGGACCCGGAUGCCGGGCAAUUCACCACACUAACCACAAAGAUCGAUGACAAUGCUGAUCGGAUCGAGUUCCUCACCCAGGAGAUCCAGGAGCUAAAGCAGGCGCUCAUCUCGCAGCAACAGCAAGCCAGCAAGGUGAUCGACAAGCUGCUGAUUGUGAUCUCCAAUCAGCAGAAACAGAAUCUGCGCAAGUAGCAGGAGCAUUUACUGCACCCCAUUCGGAAUAUUUAUAGAUCACAGUUUGACCUUUUUUAGACGUAAGGGGGUCGUGUAGGCCCCAAAGAAUCCAGAACAUUGUUGAUAUUAUCGUAGCAGCGAGUUGUAGUUAAACCAAUUUUGAUAUCGAUGCGCCAGGCGCAAUAUGCAUACGCUAUAUAGCCAUAUAUCCUACAUACACUACACUAUUGAUACAAAUACUAUAACUAGCGUUUAGUUGAACUAGAGGCGAGCAGUUGGCAGGAUUGAUUUGUGGCUGGUUCCAGGCUGUGUCUUUGUUGUUUUGGCGUUGUCGUCAGAGAAUCGUUUAUAUAGUAAUUUAAUGCAAAUUAUUACUCUUAAUAAAGUAUAUGCUAUAUAUCUAUUGUUAUG